CAGUCUGUUGCCCGAGGCAUUUCUUGGCCAAGACCGCUCCAGUGCAGCCUAGGAGUCUUCGAGGAGCUGCUCAGAGAUGCUCCACGCAUAAUUUACUAUCACUCGAUCUUGUUUGCACACUCAAGCAUCGCUACCGUCUUAUGAACAAGUCCCAGCACUGGGGACGGUCUCCUCCCUUGCCAACUUUGUGCUACGUUCUUGCUGUCUUCUUUCCAACGUGACAGAAGAGAACGAUUCAGAACUGCGAGAAUCCAGAGCCCUGACAUGGCAGAGAUCGUGUCAACACCCCAAAUUCCAUGUACAUAGACGCUUCCGCAGAAUCCGCACACCUCGGACUCUGGUAGGAACGAUCUUUUGGAUGACAGAGCGGAACCUCUCGCGCUGAUAGCACUAAACACUCGAGUGGGCGAGCUCUGAGCGAGCUUCGAGUUGGAGUGAGGAAUCGAUUUGUAGCAGUUGCGGCUUUAGGCUCAGGUUGUUCCGUAUAUAGGUCGCUCCGCACUACUACCGCAAGCGUCUUCCAAGUUCUCCCUCUCCAUUGAUGUGAUGAGCUCCCAACUACUGGAAGGUCUCUUUUCUUCGUCGAAGGCAGCGUUUUCCGUCCUCCUCGUCCUUGUCUAUGGCUAUCUUCUUCGCAAGUUUGGCUUCAUCACGUCGGAGAGCGAGAGCAACAUCAGUCAGCUGUUGACAAAGUUUAUUCUGCCCUCGCUGCUAUUUACCGAAAUCGGUCCUCUGGCGACGUGGAACAACCUGAGGAAUUACUGGCCAAUCAUUCCCUUUUCGAUUCUCUUCCAAGGAAUAUCCUUUGCUUUUGCAAUGAUAUCUUGCUCCGCCGGAAUGCCUCAGCACUACGUUCCCAUGUUCAUAUUUAACAACGUCACCUCGCUGCCUCUGCUCUUGAUCAACGCCUUGGGUGCUACUGGUGCUUUGGAUCCGCUUGUCACACCCGACAGACCGCUGGAGACUCUCAUGAGGCUAGGGCGAGUGUACAUUCUCAUCAACGCUCUGGUCGGCAAUCUGAUGCGAUUCGCCAUCGGUCCUUAUCUCAUGAAAGCACGGACUAGUAACGAGGAAGUUGGACACAUUGCACUCCCGGACGAAGAGCUCUCUGGCGAAUUCUCGAGAUCGCGGCUUUCCAUAGAAGUGGCACGAAGGCGGUUCUUGAGUGUUCUCAACCCCCCUCUGCUGGGCGGCAUUAGUGCGGUCUUCUUUGGGCUGAUACCUUGGUUCAACACGGCUCUUUUUGGAUCCGGUUUACUCUCUCCCCUGUCCGAAAGCAUCAACGCAGUGGGGAAGCUGUUUAGUGCAUUGCAAAUGCUGAUAUUGGGGGCCAAUCUGCACUCGAAGAAGGGCUCCCAUGUCAAGGCUACACAUCUGUCGAUGCUUUUCCUACACAGAUUCCUCUUCGCGCCGGCAAUAUCUAUCAGCUUCAUCCACAUCAUUCGCCAGAAGUGGCCGCAUCUUCUCGGCGAUGACCCCAUGCUUUCCUAUGUCCUGUGCAUGUCCAACGUCGGUCCGCCUGCACUGACGCUGUCUGCGGUUGCUGUCAUGGCGGAACUCCCCCCAGAUAUCGAGGGUCAAGUUUCUCGAAUCCUGACAUUCGCAUAUGCGGCCUCCCCGCUGAUAGCUUUCCCCGUUACAUUAGCACUGCGUUUAGCCACACCAGCUGUACAUUGAGCUUUUCACUUGUGAUUACAAAUCAUUUGCAAACAAAC